AUGACUUCUUCCUGUUCGCGGCCAUGUUCCAUCACGGUGGCUGCAGGUUUGAAAGUGUUCCCCAUUGAGACAGAAGCAGUGGCUACAUGCGGAAACACUCCGGCCGCAUUGUUAUCAAGUCUUUCGAUGACGAAGUGGCCAUUUUUCAUCUGUUUUAUUGUCGUCGGCCGUGUUGGUGAAGACGGAGACGGAUUUUAGCUGAUUAUCACAAAGUUGAUAGGGCCGGCCAGGGCGUCACUAUAACGCUCGCGCGCGCGCGCGAGAGAGAGAGAAGGUUAACACAGAGUUGAUACUUCGAUAACCACGGCAUGAGAAAAUAAGCAUUGAAUCUGUUCAUUGGACCGGCCCGAGGAAAUGUAAGUGGCCAUCCAGGCCGAGCUGGGCUCUGGACUUACCCGUGUCACUAAAGGCUCCAAGUAGGAUCCAGUCACAGUGAAGGAUAAAACAAAUUAAAUGGGCAAGUAUGCAACUCCCCAAGUCAUCAGUUGGAGACUAAUUGGGUUUUAGAAGACUUCAAAGCCAUCCAGAUAUGAAUAAACCACCUACUGUUGAAUAUUGUGGACCACUAGAUUUAUAAGAAUAUGUGUUCAUAAAAAACCCUCCAGUUGCUUCCCACUCUUUGUCCACUGAUUAAAACUUUGGUUCUUCUUCACCUCGCCAUCCGCCCCGGCGGUGUUCGGUAGAUCCGGUGGCAACGCCGGCGAAUGAGAUGCAAUUAUAGAGAGCAUUUUAGGUGGGGAUUGGAGUUCCUUGAAAAAUCAUAUAGGAACACACCGAUCCCAAUCCGAAUCGGCUGAUCGCUGUGUUAAACUUCUCCUUCCUCCUAAGAACAGUAGUUGAAGGAGCAAAUGAUAGCUGUAAGCUCCCUAGGCCUCAUACACACCCGUUUCCCUUUUCCACUCUCCUUCGAUCACCAGGCCUUAGCUUCAAUCUCUGUGACUAUCAUUCUCUCCCUCUCUCUCGCUCGUGUCUAGUUAGACAGACACGUUCCAGACGGCCGCCUCGCCCUCGCCGCACGUGCGGUGGACUUCCUUCAUAUGGUCAACGGCUUUGCAGACGCCACAGCAGGACCAAUCAAAACUGGCCACGCAAAUGUUCCCCGCCUACGUCUUCCACUCGAGUCUACAGAGAGAAUGGCGGCGGCGAUGAGAGAGAUAUUGGUAGGGGUUCGUCUCUUUGGGUCCAAUUCCGGGGGCCUGCAUGGACCGGGAGGUGGGGUACCUACCUGGGGGCGUCCCGCAGCACAUGGUGCGCUCGUCCACGUGGAGGACGUCGAGGCCGAUCAGCUAGGAUCCGAGGGACACGUCCUCGUUCGCGUACCUGUGUAGUAUGGGCAUGUAUGGAACUCGGACCAUUUACAGACAGAGAGAGAGAGAGAGAGAGAGAGAGAGAGAGAGAGAGGGAUGA